CACGCUUGUGCGACAUCACUUCUGGGUUCCCGAGUUUCUGAGUGGUGUGCGUCGGCGACCGUAGUGACGCUUAUUGCCCGGAGGAUGGCGGACGCCGGCUUGCGCCGCGUGGUUCCCAGCGACCUGUAUCCCCUCGUGCUCGGCUUCCUGCGCGAUAACCAGCUCUCUGAGGUGGCCAAUAAAUUCUCCAAGGCAACAGGCGCUACCCAGCAGGAUGCCAAUGCCUCUUCCCUCUUGGACAUCUAUAGCUUCUGGCUCAACAGGUCCACCAAGGCCCCAAAGCAGAAGUUACAGGCAAACGGACCAGUAACUAAGAAGACUAAGAAGAAGACUUCGUCUAGUGACAGCAGUGAGGAUAGCAGUGAGGAAGAAAAAGCCCAAGGGCCUCCACCUAAGAAAGCUGCAAUACCUGCCAAGCGGACCAGUCUGUCUCAGCUUCCUGGCAAGACUACAGCCAAAGCAUCAGAAAGCAGCAGCAGUGAAGAAUCCAGUGAUGAGGAGGAGGAGGACAAAAAGAAAAAGCCUGUACAGAAGGGAGUUAAACCCCAGGCCAAGGCAGCCAAAGUUCCUCCUAAGAAGGCCAAGAGCUCUGAUUCUGAUUCUGAUUCUGAUUCUGAUUCAAGCUCAGAGGAUGAGGCACCGAAGAACCAGAAGCCAAAGACAACACCUGUGGCAGCUAAAGUUCAGGCUAAAGCCCUAGGCAAACCAGGUACACCAGCUCGGGCAGCCCCUAAAGCAGCCAAUGGCAAAGCAGCUAGCAGCAGCAGUGAUGACUCGGAAGAGGAGAAGGCGGUAGCCAUCUCCAAGAAGACUGUACCUAAAAAGCAAGUUGUGGCUAAGGCUCCAGUGAAAGCGGCUGCUGCAUCUACCCAGAAGAGUUCUAGCAGUGAGGACUCCUCCAGUGAGGAUGAGGAGAAACAGAAAAAACCCAUGAAGAAAAAACCAGGUCCCUAUAGUUCAGUUCCCCCUCCUUCUGCUUCCCCACCCAAGAAGUCCCUGGGAACCCAGAUUCCCAAGAAAGCUGCAGAGAAGAAACAGGCUGUGGAGGGCACUGGGGACAGCAGCGAUGAGUCUGAUUCAAGUUCUGAGGAAGAAAAGAAACCCCCAGCUAAGCCAGUUGUCUCUAAAGCAACCACUAAACCAGCUCCAGCAAAGAAGGCAGCAGAGAGCUCUUCAGACAGCUCAGACUCUGACAGUUCUGAGGAUGAAGCUCCUGCCAGGCCAGCCAGUACCACCAAAAAUGCCUCAAGUAAGCCAGCUGCCACUCUCAAGCAGGCUGCAGCUAAACCAGCUACAACUCUCAAGCAGCCUGCGGGCAGUGGCCAGAAGCCUCUGGCCAGAAAGGCUGAUAGCAGUUCCAGCGAGGAGGAGAGCAGUUCUAGUGAGGAGGAGGAGGAGAAGGUGAAGAAGGCUGUGGCCGUCCCCAAGUCCAAGGUGACAGCCAAAGGAACUCCAUCUUUGCCUGCCAAACAGGCCUGUCAGGGUGGUGGAGACAGCAGCUCUGAUUCAGACAGUUCCAGCAGUGAGGAAGAGGAGGAAGAGAAGACUAAGUCCCCAGUUAAAAAGAAGCCACAGAAAAUAGUGGGAGCUGUAGCCCUUUCUAAGCCAGCUCCCACAAAAAAAGCAGCAGCUGAGAGCAGCAGCAGUUCUUCCUCUGAUGACUCCAGUGAGGAGGAGGUGAAGGAGAAGCCCAAGAGCAAGGGCACUGCAAGACCACAAGUCCCCAAGACCAAUGGCACCUCUGCACUGACUGCCCAGAAUGGAAAAGCAGACCGGGACAGCAUCGAGGAGGAGGAAGAAAAGAAUGCAGCAGGUGCAAUUUCUAAGCCAGGUUCAGCAAAGAAGCGGAAGCAGAAUGAGGCUGCUAAGGAAGCAGAGACUCCUCAAGCCAAGAAGAUGAAGCCCCAGACACCCAACACAUUUCCAAAAAGGAAGAAAGGAGAAAAGAGGGCAUCAUCCCCAUUCCGAAGGAUCAGGGAGGAGGAAAUUGAGGUGGAUGCUCGAGUGGCAGACAACUCCUUUGAUGCCAAGCAAGGUGCAGCCGGAGACUGGGGGGAGCGAGCCAAUCAGGUUCUGAAGUUCACCAAAGGCAAAUCCUUCCGACACGAGAAAACCAAGAAGAAGCGGGGCAGCUAUCGAGGAGGCUCCAUCUCAGUCCAGGUCAAUUCCAUUAAGUUUGACAGCGAGUGACCUGGGCCAUCUGUCAUGAAACAGGGGUGAUGACCUGAGACCACUUACUUUCCCCAGUGGACUCUCAGCUCUGUUAGUGGGGGGUUUUUGUGAGGACAGCAGUUUAGAAUAGGUCUGAAGACACUGGAUCGUAACAUCCUCUGUGGUCCUUUUCUGCAUUCGUAGUUUUGUACAGUUUUGUUUUUGAGUUGAGUAGCAAGGACAAGGUAACAGGAGUGGGCUUUUUUAAGAUAAGUUCAUUUUAGUUGUCAUUCCCUUUUCCCUGUUUUGUGGAGGUCCUCAUACUGAGAAAUUUGUAUAUUUUAUAUUAAAUCAUUUCCUAUUGGU